GUGUAACCGAGUCAUUUUCUGUCAACGCAGUAGGAGCUGACACACGACACUUCCUCAGCAGACAGACAGGAUUUCUGUGUUAUAUCUUCUACUCUGUGUCUUUGGUUGAAAUCAUCAGGACUUUUAACCAACUAGCCUCCUGACAAUUUCCAGAUUCUCUCCUGAACCCGCUUCCAUCCAAACACGCACCGAUAAGUGGGAAAUCAUGAACUGGGGUGCUCUAGAGGUUCUCCUGAGUGGAGUUAACAAAUACUCCACUGUGUUUGGCCGGGUCUGGCUUUCUAUGGUGUUCGUCUUCCGGGUCUUGGUGUUUGUGGUAGCAGCUCAGCGGGUGUGGGGAGAUGAAAGUAAAGACUUUGUCUGCAACACGAUCCAGCCAGGCUGCGGCAACGUUUGCUACGACAGUAUCUUCCCCAUCUCUCACAUCCGCCUGUGGGCCCUGCAGCUCAUCUUUGUCACCUGCCCAUCGCUCAUGGUCCUUGGUCACGUCAAGUACAGGGAGAAGAAGGACAUGGAGUACACUACCUCCCACAAGGGGAAGCACUUGUAUGCCCGUCCUGGAAAGAAACGUGGAGGCCUGUGGUGGACUUACCUGGUGAGUUUGAUCUUCAAGGCGGGCUUCGAUGCUGGCUUCCUCUAUGUCCUGCAUUACAUCUACAAGGGUUACGACAUGCCCCGCCUGAUUAAGUGCCAACUGCAGCCUUGCCCCAACACAGUGGAUUGCUACAUAUCCCGGCCCACAGAGAAAAAGAUCUUCACGCUCUUCAUGGUGGUCUCCUCUGCUGUCUGCAUCUUAAUGUGCAUCUGUGAAAUGAUUUACCUCAUCUUCAAACGUAUCAAAAAACUCAUUCUAAGAAAGAAGGAUCAGGAGAUUGAGAGGUUCGUCGAAAGUCACGAAAUGGCCCCUCUCUCACAUCCAAGGUCGAUGUACAGAUCUAAAUCCUCAGUAAGAGUGGAUCCCACAGUAUCUCUUCAGAACCUCAACAACAUCAAGGCUGAAGAAAAGCCUCUUAAGCAAGUGGAGGAAAGCUAGAAGUAAACUGUCCAGAGUGCUUUUGUCAAACUCCAUGGAGAGAGGGAGUUCUCCACGAAAGAAACGCCAGUUGCUUUAAGCAAUCUUUUAAUGUGGAUUUGUAAAUAAUUUAGAUGAUAUUCUGAAGGACACAAUGUGCACCUCUUCUCUCUAAACACGAAGGUCUCCAGUGUGAAAGGAUUGUGUGUUUGACUAGUCUUAUUUGACUGGUUGUUGUGUUGUGAUUGUAAUUGUAUUCUGGUUGCGCUGACUGUAAUAUAUGUGUAAAUAACUACAACACAAACAAAUAAAUGAAUGUGGCCACUGAUGAGGAUCUAAGCAUUGGCUACAACUUUAAAUAAUAUUGAACAACGCUAAGCAUUUUCUAGUACAACUGAAUGACUCGGUUGGAUUUGUCUCAGGUAAAUAGUCUUAUCACAGCCUUUCAUUACAACUGCUUGACAAUAAAAGUUAAUAUUUUUCAUGUCGCUGAAAAGCUGUGCUUUCAUUAUAGUGCUUUAACAAAAUAGUCAGAAAAUAGUUUGAAAUGGGAGUAAAGACAUAUUGAAGAUGCUUUGCCUUACAUUUUGUAUUUAUUAAUUUUUCCAAUAAAGUCGUUUACUGACAAAUGAA